AUGGGCAAGACGGCACACCCUGCAAACCUGCAACUCCGUCCCAGCGGCGGACAACGUCGACCCGGCUUCGCCCUAACCCCGAACUCCCCCAACAGCUGGCGGUCAAGCGCCAACUCGCACAUUGGACAGCACGCCGCAGCACCACAGCAACCCACGCCCCAAAUCCAGUUUCACCCUUUUACUGUGAACAAAUCAAGCGCCGGUGAGGCUGAAAAAGACCGUCCCAUUCCGCCGAACUAUAACUGA